UGCACAUCGGACAGCAGCAGGACAGUUAGUGAGAAACUUGCUUACCACUCUGCACAAGAGAGUCCAAUCAGAUGGCAAGACUAGUUCACACUCCAGACAAGUAGAACUUUCUGUCUACUCGAACCUAUCGUCAGUGCACCUGAACAAGAAAGAUGCAUCUGUUCAGUUGGUUUUAAAAUUUGUUUUCCUGAUGUGAAAGAGAGUCAUUUAACGGCAUUGUUUGCUCAAAGCGACUCUUGGACUAUAGUUUUAAUCACGUUGUUUUAAACCCUUGUUUAUAUUCCUUCUGAUAAAUAGUCUGCAGGAAUUUUGUAGUUAAAUAAACCUGGAAAAAAUUAGCUCAGAUGCCUCUCACAAAAAUGGAAGAAGACAUGAAAUGGAAAGUUUCACCUCAGUCAAUCGAGGAGAGGACUUGCACCGAGCAUCCAUGCAAAAACCGCUUUUGGACAAAUAGGAUAGACCUCUCCGCCAUAUCAGUCUGUACUGCACUAUCUUUGAUAUCGUUUGGAAUUUGUAUUUUGGUAUACCUGAGAACUUCGGAGCUGCAGUCUAGGGUGCUUAAUUUGGAGAAGCAGAGAGUUCCUCAGCUUUCGGACUGGAUGUCCCUCGAGCAGGUGGAGCCCAUUCUCUUAAGCCGUUUGGGUCAGAUGUUGGAAGAGAAGUUAGACUCUCGUCUGUCGAAGACUCGUGAGAUUCGGGAUACCACCCACAACUGUCUAUGUCCACCAGGACCUCCUGGUCCUCCUGGACGAGCAGGCUUUCCGGGAGACAAAGGAUCAAUGGGCAUUCCUGGAAGAAUGGGCUUAAAGGGGAACACAGGGGAGAAGGGAGCACCUGGGGAGCCAGGUCUGUCUAUCAUUGGCCCACGAGGACCUCCUGGACAGCCUGGCACAAGAGGAUUUCCUGGCUUUCCGGGACCUAUCGGCUUGGAUGGCAAGCCCGGGCAAAAUGGUUUGAAGGGUGACACGGGCCCCCGUGGUUCCAAAGGACUUCCUGGUGAACCAGGCCCAAAAGGGGAAAAGGGAGUGUGUGGUGAUUAUACACAUCGGCAGAUGUUGCCCAUCACCGUGCGCAACAUGCCCUCAAUAAGCCCUCUAAUUCUAAAGCGCCUCAAGCAGGGCGAGCCUGGAGCACAGGGACCACCAGGCCCUCCUGGCCCCCCAGGGCCCCCUGGCAGCCCUGGACUUACUGGUGCUAGUGGUCCACCUGGAAAACCUGGAGAGCCUGGGAAGCCUGGAAAAGACCUGAGGAUGCUCUCAGGAAUGAAGGGUGAACCAGGUGCACAAGGACAAAAGGGUGAUCGUGGUGAGCCAGGCCCAAGUGGAUCUGAAGGUCCCAAGGGUGCCAAAGGGGAUCCAGGGCUGAAGGGUGAGCGGGGGAUGCCCGGAAUGCCUGGGAAGCAAGGAGUGAAGGGAGAGCUUGGUUUCCCAGGGGCUCCUGGACGAAAGGGUCAGGCUGGUAUUCCUGGUAUUCCCGGGAAACGGGGCUACAAGGGUGAAAAGGGGGAGUUUAGUUCUUCAGGAGUCUCCAUCAAAGGGGAACCAGGAACACCUGGACUUCCUGGACCUUCUGGACCCAAGGGUGAAAAAGGCAAUCAAGGCAUUAAGGGUGAGCCUGGACCCGAGGGCCCAUCAGGACCAAGAGGUCCUCCAGGCCCAACAGGAGAACCUGGAAAAACAUUAAUGAACAACAAUGAGAAUGAUAUUCGUAAUGUGCAUCUAAUGGGCCCACCUGGUUUACCUGGCCCUCCUGGGCUACCUGGGUUGCCUGGUACCAAGGGUGAAGUUGGACUUCCUGGUCCUCCUGGUCUUGAUGGGGAAAAGGGUCCCCGUGGGAAGACAGGAGAGCCAGGACCCAUCGGCCCUCCUGGGCCUGAGGGGCCACGAGGAGAGGGAGGAGUCAUUGGCUUUCCUGGUCCUAAAGGAGAUAAAGGAGACAUGGGUCCCUCAGGAUCACCUGGUUUAGAUGGCCCUACUGGUGAAAAGGGGGUUGCAGGGCUUCCAGGCCCCAUUGGAUUACCAGGCUCAAUGGGUCAGAAAGGUGAACUUGGGGAGAAGGGUGAAAAGGCAGAACUGAACUAUGGUCCGCCAGGACCUCCAGGGCCUGCAGGGCCCGUUGGGCCAAUGGGAUCUCCAGGAUUGCCAGGGCCAAAGGGAGAGCCAGGGGUGAGUCUGAGAGGGGAGAAGGGAACAUCUGGACAGAAAGGAGAGAAAGGAGACAGGGGCCAUCUGGGACUUCCUGGGGCUCAUGGUUUAGACGGCAAGCCUGGUCCAGUGGGGCUAAUAGGACCGGCUGGAAUACCUGGACCUGCAGGACCAAAAGGAGAACGGGGGGAGAAGGGAGAUAUGGGAGUACCAGGACCUACAGGUCCACAAGGCAUCCCUGGUUUAGUAGGACCACCAGGAUUAAAAGGAAAUCGGGGGGAGAGGGGCAAGAGAGGCAACAGGGGGGCCAAAGGGGAUAAGGGAGACCAAGGAGCCCCAGGAUUAGAUGCCCCCUGUCCAUUGGGUGACGAUGGUCUGCCUGUACCAGGGUGUUGGAAUAAAGGUCAGAAUCCUUUCCAGCUGGCUAAGAAGUAAUAUCAAGAGGCUCACCUGGUCCUGGUGAGUCUUGGUUCUAUGCUAUACAAGGAAACUUGAAGAGGUUUUAGAAGAUCUUUGAGUUCAGCUCUGUGGUAGCUGUUUCAUGAAUGUUCCAGAAGGCUAAAGCAAGCCCUGUCUAACUGGGAGGCUCCACAUGGUGGCACAGGUGAACAGACUUGACUUUGGCAGGUGUUGACUAUGGUAGGUCUACAAGUAGGCAAGCAGGACUACAGAUAGUACAGAUAGUAUGCCAUUUUUCUGGUGAGGACUUCAUGGGAAAAAUGGCUGUAACACAAACAAUCUGUUAUUUCUCUAGAUUUUAUACACAUUAAUUUCUUUUUAUUUCACUAUGUGAAAAAAACAUGAACGUUUUUAUAGCAUUUUAUUAUUUUUCCUAUUUUUCCUUCUUUUAUUUUUGACACCAGUAACUGUGAUCCAAGAAUUCAGUGCAGCUCCCUGAACGUCAUCUCAGUGUUCAUGUGUUUCCAGACUAAGAAAAAAACACAAAUCUUUUGAUGAUUCCUGAUUUCACUGCCUAUUGUCACUGCCUUUUGUUAAUCUGAGAGUGGCAGGGAGAAUGCAGAUUCACUGUGUAUGAUGUCACUUACAGAUAGACUCAUAUCACACUCAACUGUUUGUUAAUGUAUAUAAGAAAUGCAAACUCUUUCAUAGUAAACUCUUUCAUAAUAUAUUAAUAAACUUAAAUUAUCUACAUAUUUAAUAUCAAAUAUGAUAGACACUUUUUUUAACAAAGCUUUAACAUUAACAGUAUAUAGACUUCAUAAAUUGUUAUUGGUAUUUACAUUUGUAGAAUACAUAUUACUGUUUUGUAAAUUUUGCUGUUCAUGUGACCUAUCACGGCAUGAGAUAAUGUUCUAAACAUACGAUUUUUUUCUGUGCAGCUAAACUUUGUUGAUUGCUUUUUGAACAAUAUCUCCACUGUCUAUGAAAUAUAAGUUUUACUAUUAAUUCAGUUCAAAAAUACUAGUUCAGUCUACUGGCUGCAUGAAGUAGGUGCUUGUUAUUUUCAUUGUUAGUGAUCCUCUGAAACUGUUUUUGAAAGACGUUUUUGACAGUUUACUUUUUUAUGUGGAAGGCCAAAGUGGAGCCACAGGUCAAAUUGAGAGACUGAACAGCUGUGGGUGCAGCAAGCACAACAUCCUAUUUUUAGUUGUCCAGUAAAAGUCAAAACCACAGAUUCAUGUAAGGUGCACAUGUAGAUACAGUAUAACUUAUGGCAUUAUCACUUCAAUCAAAGUUUGAAAUUGGAAAUAUUCUUCACUUUUCAAAACAUCACUGUGACCUGAUUGAAAGUGUGAAAGCUGAUGAGGUGUUACAGCACUCCUGUUUGUGUUGAUAGAUUAAUGCACAGAAGCAUUCCUGAUGUCAUACUGUAUUUUGAUGGCUGUCUUCAGCCUGUUCAAGACUACAACCAGUGUACACAUUUAGCAUUUGUUAUAAAAUAAGUGAUCAUUUUAGACUUGCAUCUUCUAAAUACUUUGCUAAUUUAAUUGCAUGUUAUUUGUAACACAGAGUACAGUGUUUUUUUUCAUUUAAAACAACUCAGUUCAUAACCUACUAUAAUAACACCAGCAAAGCAAAGUUGUUGUUUUUUCUUGUAAUUUAACUUCAUGGUCAGAUAUUGUAGGAAACCAAUUAGUGACAUCAUCAGUAAUAUCAAAUAUAAUAUUUUGGAGCACUGUAUUAUAAACAGUGCGGUCAACACUCCAAUCAGUGCAGUCAGUAUUACAGUUAAUUACAAUUAAUUUUGUUACCUGCACUACAUGCUUAAAACAGUUUUACUGGUUGUUGCUGCUAUAUAUUUCUGCCCUAAAACUAAUCUUCAUGCAAGAUUAUUCAGUUUUAUGUGCAAAUGUUUAAUGUACUGGUUUUCUCAUUUGAUGCAACAACUCUUCCUGUAAAAUAUAAAAGAAGUAUCUUCCUGUAAAAUACAAUGCACAAUUUUCCUGUCCACCCCCCCCUCCAAUUUUUACCAUUUAAGAUGGUCAUAAUCCACUUAAGCACGUUAUGAAGUGAUCAUAUUAUUUUAUGCACGCCAGUGUAUUUCAAUAUUUUUUGACUGUUGAUUUUGCACAUUGAAUGGGGUGUGAUAUUUUGCUAUGUCUCAGAUCUGAUUGCAAUGUUUGUACUGUAUGUCAUUUUUAAAACAGAACAUUUCCCUAAUGACUCAACCUGUACAGUGUCUUGAUCUUGUCCUUUGUACAGUGUACUCUUUAGAAAAUGUGUACAGUAGGCUACCUAUCAGUGUAGUUUAACACUAAGCAUAUAUUAAAAACUAGAAAGGUCUGGUCAGUGAUAUUUUUAAAUAUUUUGUAGGUUCUUUGUAGUGUUUUAAUCACAGCUGUGUUGAACAUAUGAUAGGGUGAAUCCAGGUAACAGAAAACAUUGGAUGAGAAUUUGAGGUCUUUUGUGGGAGAGUAUAGAUCACUAUGUCUAAGAGUUUCCAAAAUGCUUUGUAGCAUAUGAUAUAGGGGAAAAAAAACAUUGCAUUAUAACAUGCAGUUGCAUUUUUUAUUUAUAUAGAAAAUGCCCAAUUAAAUUGCAUGUGUCUUCCUUCACAAAGCAAGCUGUCCUAAUUUAUGUAUAAAGAGAGCUUUGGCUCACACACUGUUUAAAGGGGCCGAUUUAUUUGUGUAUAUUUGUUUUCCUUUUUGUACAGUGUAUUGUAUUGUAUUUCUUUUGUGAAAAAAGUGCCACUUUUUAUCUGAAUUCACCCUCUGUGGCUGAAAUUGUAUGAGGGGUACACUCUUAAAGAGGUUUUCCGUUGCAACCGCUGCCAAGUCUUUUGUGGGCAACAUGAACUAGACUUGACAGUUGUAGACUUGGAUGCCAGUCAUUGUUCGAUUCAUUCUGAUUUAUUUGUAUCCAUAUUUCACAACACAUCAUUAUUCAUCAUUAUUCAAGACAUCAUAAGGGGUUUAUGGAAAGCAUGCAAGAUGCACAGAGGGAGGCAUUAAACUACAGUUUAUCAUACAUUUACUUUAAUAUCAAACUGACUAACUGAAACUAGCUGAAAAUGGAUACAAGGGCAUUUAUAUAUUACAAUAUAUUUUAAUAUUAUAUAAUGUCAGGAACAAUCACUUGCAUGUUGAUAUGUUUUUAAUGCACUAACCAGCUCACCUAAAAAUCUCACUAAUCUGUAUUUUGUUGGACAUGGAAAGCUUCCUGGUUUUAAUUUCAUUUUCUUUUGUAGUUCAAAAAUUGAGAUGUUAAGCUGUAUUAGUGCAUAUUCUUUUUUUUUUCUUUUUUUUUUUCCAUUGUGGGUUACCAAAACUCACCCAAACCCAAAAGUUAACUUGUCUGAUUUUAUGCUCAAAAUGUAAACUCUAAUGUAUUUUCAACAUUUAUAUAUUUUUGACAUGUAGCUAAUUUUCCCCAUUAAGUUAUUCAGUAAUUUACCCUGUUCUAUAAUACAAUGAUGACAAUGUCAUUCAAUAAAUAGUUAAGGAAAAAUUUGGAA